AUGUUUCGCCGCGUUAUUGCAGCUGCGGGUGUGCGCCCGCGCGUGCUGGGCGCUCGCACGUAUUUCUACCCCUCGCCCGGCGAGGUUGGAAUCAGUGGUGAAACGAUGAAGGCUCUGCUCAAGGGCACCCUUUUUCUCAUCGCACUCGAGGCCCUUGCGAUCAGGCUUUUUGUGUUCAACCGCUAUAGCACAAAGCACCAGUACGUUGAGGACAGCACGGACCUGUGGGAGGAUGACGGCACUGUCAUGGAGGGUGAGGAGGCGGUCGCGAACCUCCGCAUCCAACGCGAACGUAUCAUGCCGUUCAUGAACGACAUCAAGGAGAAACUGGACGCUGCCGGCGUUGAAGCGGAAGCGUAG